AUGCCACACCACAACCCCGUUAUCCUCUUCCUCACCAACAGUGAGCUGGGCCAGGCUUCAGUUGUUGUCGCUGUAGCUCAUGAGCUAGUCAGCCAGUCCACCAGCGAUGUGCACGUUGCAUCGUUUCCAGCCCUCAAACAGCACGCCGAUGCUCUCAAUGUCCCCUUCCAUGCCCUCCCUGGCCGGUCGAUGAAGGAGGCACUGGCCGACAGCGGUCUUCCCUAUCUUCCACAGCAUGCGCCAGGGAGUCAUGGGGCCGUUGAAUCAUAUCGCAAUGGCCUGCAGCGUGUGGUGGCCCCGUGGGAACCGGAGGGCUAUGCGCCUAUCUACCGGGCGUGCCUGGACCUGAUCAACAAGCUCAGCCCAGACUUGGUUGUUGUCGAACCGCUGUUUGGUCCCGGCCAGGACGCCUGCAAUGUCCUGGAGCAGCGGUAUCUCGUCCUGAGCCCGGCGACCUUCAAAGACCACCUCGUCCAGGCCCAGCCCUAUCUCGGGGUCCUGUGGAAAUACCCAGUUAUAUCCUCAGGCCUGCCCUAUCCCAUCCCCCUCCGCUCCAUCGCCCUCAACAUCUACCUAAUCUUCAAGCUCGUCACCACCACCUUUCUCUCCCCCCGCAUCAAAGCCCUCACCCACUGGCGCAACAAAAUCGGCAUCCCAGGCGAACUGACCACAAUCUACGCCAAUUUCAACGAAACCGUCCCCUGGCUAGUUCCAUCUAUCCCCCAGAGUGACUUUCCCCUCCACAUCCCACCCAAUAUCACAGGCUGCGGACCCAUCCUCCCUCCCGUCGAGACUAUGCCCGACGACCACCCAACAGCAGCAUGGCUAGCCAAACGCCCAACCAUCCUCUUCAACCUAGGCUCGCAUAUGAAAUACUCCUUGGCCGAUGCACAGCAGGUCAUAGCCGCCCUGACAACAGUGCUAACCAAAUACCCAGCCGUGCAAGUCCUAUGGAAAUGCCAACUAUACACUACAACCACCAAGGAAACCCUCAACACCACAAACAGUGAUACCCCUACAAUCACCUCCCUAAUACCAACCCACCUAACCGCCCGCAUCCUCGUCACUCCCUGGAUCACCCCAUCCCCCGCCUCCAUCCUCGCACACCCAAACACAAUAACAGCCGUGCACCACGGCGGAUCCAACUCCUUCCACGAGGCGCUGGCCGCCGGGGUCGCGCAGGUCGUCUGCCCCGUGUGGCUGGACACGUACGACUUUGCGAUGCGGGUGGAGUUUCUCGGUGUGGGCGUGCGAGGGAAUGCGCGGGCGGCGCCGCGGGUGGAGGGUGGGGAGUUGGGGAGGGCGAUUUGUGCGACGAUGGAGGACGGGGGAGGGAUGGGGAUGGGGGGGAGGGCAAGGGAAUUGCAGGCGCAGAUUGCGGCGUUGGAGGGUGGAGGAGGGGAUGUUUUUGGGGUUGGGAGGCGCAGGGCUGCGAGGGUUAUAUUGGAUUUGGUCGAGUGA